AUGGGUCACAAAAUGUCGAAACCCCUCCGGCAGGAAGCCGAUAUCUCGGAAAAGCCCAAGCCGGCCCAGAGAUACAGCACUUGGGGAUCCACGACCACAUGGAGAACCAACACUUGGGCCAGCCGUGAUGCCGACCCCGACCUCGAAGCUCAGAUGCAAACGGAGAAGACGGAGACCAAGAAGAAGACCAAGAAGAAAUCAAUAUGGCGGUCGUUGGCGUGUGGGAUCAAGCACAGUCCAGCCCUAGCCUGCGACACGUUCAAGCCCGCUUUCCCCUGGAUCGCCCUUCUCCACUGCCCUUUCCUGUGCAUUUCAGCGUCUCCCCCACCACUCAGGAGCCAGGAACCAGCGGAAAAGGAGGCCCCAUGGACACCAUCCAUGUUUCGACUUCCGUUUGACUGGACCCUUGGAGGAAACAUCAGACAACAUCUCUUGACUGGUCUGGACAUGGGGUGACGAUGAAUGCCGGCACGUCCA